AUGGGAUCUGAAGUUCAAUGCGCUAUCCAAGAUGAUGCCCAAGUCCCGAACAGUAUUUACUUCUUGAAGGGGUAUGUUGUUUAUGAAGUAUGUGGCUUGAAACGGAACCCUCUUUCUUCUCCAGUCACGUGCACACGACCCAACGAAGUUUGGAAUCCGUGUGCACAAUGUUUGGCGGAACGAUGCGAGGAUCUCAACAGUACCUCUAACCAGAAUUGUCCUGCUGAACUGCGCUCUUACUGCAGGCCGCAGUGCGUGUGUGCAAAAGGCUAUUACAGGAACAACAAUGACGUUUGUGUCCCGAAGAACGCGUGUCCUGGUCAGUGUCCGGUGCCCGCCAGGUGUAGACCUACCUGCUCUGUGCCGAAUCCACCGAACUGUCCACCUUACAAGCCGCCUAUUGAGAACGUGGACGGAUGUCAAUGUCAAGAAGGGUACAUCUUGUCUGAAACAGAAGGGAAAUGUGUUAAAAUAGAAACCUGCCCUAGUCCGUGCAAUGCAAACGAAACGCUCGUUUCCUGCAAAACUGGUUGUCAAACGAACUACUGUCCAACUAGCGACAGCCGCGCUGUAGUUGAUUGCGCGCUUCCUUACCCAUGCAAUCCAGGCUGCGUUUGUAAACAAAAUUAUAAGCUCCUAAGUGAGAAUGACAAGAGAUGUGUGCUGACCACAGACUGUCGUAAGUACAACAUACGAGCUCCAGUCACGUGCACACGACCGAAUGAAGUUUGGAAUCCGUGUGCACAAUGUUUGGCGGAACGAUGCGAGGAUCUCAACAGUACCUCUAACCAGAAUUGUCCUGCUGAACUGCGCUCCUACUGCAGGCCGCAGUGCGUUUGUGCAAACGGCUAUUACAGGAACAACAAUGACGUUUGUGUCCCGAAGAAAUCGUGUCCUGGUCAGUGUCCGGUGCCCGCCAGGUGUAGACCUACCUGCUCUGUGCCGAAUCCACCGAACUGUCCACCUUACAAGCAGCCUACUGAGAACGAGGACGGAUGUCGAUGUCAACCAGGGUACAUCUUGUCUGAAACAGAAGGGAAAUGUGUUAAAAUAGAAACCUGCCCUACUGGUCAGUGUCCGGUGCCCGCCAAAUGUAGACCUACUUGUUCUGUGCCGAAUCCACCGAACUGUCCACCUUACAAGCAGCCUACUGAGAACGAGGACGGAUGUCGAUGUCAACCAGGGUACAUCUUGUCUGAAACAGAAGGGAAAUGUGUUAAAAUAGAAACCUGCCCUAGUUCGUGUUCGGGUAACGAAACGCGCGUAUACUGCAAGGCUGGCUGUCCCACUGACUACUGUCCAACAAGCGACAGCCGCGCUGUAAUUGCUUGCGAUCCCCCCUACCCAUGUAAUCCGGGCUGCGUUUGUAAACCAAAUUAUCGACGCCUGAGUCAGGAUGACAAGCGAUGUGUGCUGACCACAGACUGUCCUCCAGUGAAGUGCACACGACCGAAUGAAGUUUGGAAUCCUUGUGCACAAUGUUUGGCGGAACGAUGCGAGGAUGCCAACAGUCCCUCUAACCUGAAUUGUCCUCCUCAGCUGCGCCCUUACUGCAAUCCGCAGUGCGUGUGUGCAAACGGCUAUUACAGGAACAACAAUGACGUUUGUGUCCCGAAGAAAGCUUGUCCUGGUCAGUGUCCGGUGCCCGCCAGGUGGAGACCUACCUGCUCUGUGCCGAAUCCACCGAACUGUCCACCUUACAAGCAGCCUACUGAGAACGAGGACGGAUGUCAAUGUCAAGAAGGGUACAUCUUGUCUGAAACAGAAGGAAAAUGUAUUAAAAUAGAAGAAUGUCCUAGAACAUCAGGCUGUAAUGGAGAUCCACAUGCACAAGUGACGAAGUGUCCGUUACCUUGCCCGUCCACUUGCAAAUCACCAGAGGCUAUAGGUUGUAAGAAAAGGUGCGAUCCGGUUGGAUGUGAAUGCGAGUAUGGCUACAUACUAUCAGAUAUAGGAGGAAAAUGUAUUAAGCCUGAAGAAUGCCCAGGCGGAAACCCGUGUGGAUCAAAUGGUACAUUUGUUAAAUGCAAAUCAAGGUGUCCGAAUGACUAUUGUCCUGUCAACGAUAAUCGUGGAGUUAUAAUUUGUGAAGGCUUUCCAUUAGCCCCCUGUUACUCUGGAUGUAUUUGUAAGCUAAAUUAUAAAAGACGCAGCGAGACAGACCAAAGAUGCAUUCUGUAUACAGAUUGCCCUCCUGUAAAUUGCAGUAGACCCAACGAAGUCUGGAGCCCGUCACCACCUCCCUGUUUACAAGAAACCUGCGAUGAUGUCGACCUUCCUCCGGUACCUUGUAACGAGUUUAUAAAAAGCAGUCCUAGAUGCAUCUGCAAAGAUAAUUACUUCAGGAACGAUAGCGGAAUCUGCGUUUGCGCUCAGGAAUGUCGCGACAUAAACGCGCGUGAUUAUAAUCGCAAGAAGCGUGAUAUUGUAUUAAACAGUUUUGCCAAGAUGUUGUUCGUAUGUGUUAGUGUGUUAGUAUUCAUAUGCUCUUCAACCGCGCACAAUACAACUGAAGGUCCGUGCAAUGCAAACGAAACGCUCGUAUCCUGCAAAGCUGGCUGUCCCACCGACUAUUGUCCAACAAGCGACAGCCGCGCUAUAGUUGCUUGCUCACCCCCCUAUCCAUGUAAUCCGGGCUGCGUUUGUAAACCAAAUUAUCGACUCUUGAGUCAGGAUGACAAGCGAUGUGUGCCGACCACAGACUGUCCUCCUGUAAAUUGCACUAGACCCAACGAAAUCUGGAGCCCGUCACCACCGCCCUGUUUACAAGAAACCUGCGAUGAUGUCGACGUUACUCCGGUACCUUGUAACGAGUUUAUACAAAGCAGCCCUAGAUGCAUCUGCAAAGAUAAUUACUUCAGGAACGAUAGCGGAAUCUGCGUUUCCGCUCAGGAAUGUCGCGACAUAAAUGAGCGUACGAAGAAUCGCGAGAAGCGUGACAUACCGGAAUGUGGUUAUAACGAAGUACUGUCGGAUUCCAAAAUAGUGUGUCCCCCUCAGACUUGUGAGAGCAUAUACACUACGUAUUUAUGUGAGUCUAGGGGUGAUGAAGUCGGAUGUAACUGUUUAUCUGGAUAUUUGAGGAACAGCAGUGGUAUAUGCAUUCCCAGUGAGGAAUGUUUUCAAGCGGAGAAAUGCUCGCUUCCUUCUAAAUGUAUACCGACAUGCGCAAUUCCGAAUCCCAAUUGUUCCUACGUUCAGGAAGUUUCCUUCAAAAGAGAAGCCUGUUAUUGUAAGCCUGGUUUCAUAUUAUCCGAGGUCAAUGGGGAAUGCAUUAAGAUCGAAAAUUGUCCAAAAGAACAACAAUGCGGGGUAAACGGAACAUAUUCCGAUUGCGGCUUUCGAUGCCCAAACCAGUAUUGUCCUGAAGACGACAGUUUACUCCAAAUAGCGUGUAAACCUGGGCGACCCUGCCCACCUGGCUGCGUAUGUAAGGAUAACUACAAAAGAAAAAGUCGCGAAGAAGACGAUGUUUGCGUACUCGCCUCAGAUUGUCCACCCGUCAAUUGCACUAGGCCUAAUGAAGUUUGGAAUCCCUGUUCGCAAUGUUUGGCGGAACGAUGCGAAGAUGCUAACACUACUAAUUGUGAUGAUCCGCCCGGCUCAAACUGUGACCCUAGAUGCGUGUGUGUAGAUGGGUAUAAAAGAAAGAAAGACGACGUUUGUGUCCCGGAGAAAGCGUGUCCUGGUCGAUGUCCGAUACCGAUUGAAUGUAGACCGACAUGUGCUGUUCCUAAUCCAAAAAAAUGUUCUAAGUAUAAAUUACCUGCCAACAAUGAAGAUGGGUGUCAAUGUAAGAAAGGAUACGUUUUGUCGGAACUCGAUGGGAAAUGUGUUGCAAUCGACAAAUGUCCCAAAAUGGGAGGUUGCAACGGUGAUCCGCAUGCGGUAAUAAAAGAAUGUCCGUUGGCUUGUCCAUCUACUUGUGAGGCACCAGAGGCUAAGCCCUGUAAAAAGAAAUGUGCUCCUGUCGGAUGCGAAUGCGAAUCUGGUUAUAUACUUUCGGAAACAAAAGGCAAAUGUAUCAGCCCCGAAGAAUGCCCAGGUGGAAACCCUUGUGGUCCAAAUGGUACUUACGUCCAAUGUAAGUCCGGGUGCCCUACUGACUAUUGCCCUGUGGAUGAUAACAUGGGGAUUUUGAUUUGCGAGUAUUUCCCGUUCAGCCCAUGCUACUCUGGAUGUAUCUGCAAACUUAGCUAUAAAAGACUUAGCACAGAAGAUCCGAGAUGUAUCGCGUCUUGGGAGUGCCCACCUGUGAACUGUACGAGACAAAAUGAAGUUUGGGAUCCUUCUCCUCCAGCUUGUUUAUCGGAGUAUUGUGAAGAUGUCGACCGCCCUCCAGCUGUUUGCAAUACACUAGUUUUUAACAAUGAACCUAAAUGUGUUUGUAAAGAGAAUUAUUUCAGGAAUUCUUCAAGUAUUUGCAUAAGCGCCCAGGAAUGUCGAGAGAUUAACGCUUCAAAAACAUAGCUGGAUAACAAGAAGAAAGAAUCUUUUUGUUUUGUUUAUUUUACUUUAUUUUUCAUUCAAUACAAACUAGAGCCAUAUAUUUAAAAAAGUACUUGCAUACGUAUGAUAUUAUAGUAUACACAGACUUCAGGAGUUUUGUAAAAUGUGCACAAUAUGCUGUCGAAAAACAUGCAAAAUUUCUCGAACAAUAGAAGAGUGAGAGACUCAAUGUGUCUCAUGACUCUCAUUUUAAACUUUAAUAUGUCUCUGGUUAAAAUUAUUUUUACGGUUAAAACGCGAAUAGUUCCCAAUCGGCGUUUAGUCCGGAAACUGUAAAGUAUUCGGUUAAAUCUUAGAAGUAGUUAUAAUUAUGUCUACGACUCACUAAAGUCGACGAAAAUACCAUUCAAAAUGUCUUUUUUUUUAUUGCUUAGAUGGAUGGACGAGCUUACAGCCCACCUGGUGUUAAGUGGUUACUGGAGCCCAUAGACAUCCACAACGCAAA